UGCGUUCCUGUUACCUUGCAUAAUUUGACUCUCACCGGGCUCUAAAACUCGCCACCUACUGUAUCCAAAGAAGAAACGUAAAAGACCACGCAUCACCAGUUGUGGGCCCCUYAGGAAACCCAAACAUAAAGUUUGGAGGAAAUUCAACGAUUCCUGGACUGACCAGUAGCUAUUUUCUGUCUCCUGCCCCGCCCCACUACGCAAGCCCAGUGAAAGUUCUCACGCUAUCAUUGGCUCCGAUUGAGGUGGGUCCGGAACCUAUGCACGACGGAACCUUCGGCUAUGAUUUGCGGGUUACGCUAGGCACCUUUUUGCCGCGGAAUUUCCGUUUUAGCUCUCUUCCGGGUCGGCUCUCUUCCCUUGCAUGAGGUGCCGUAUCUGGAGUAGCUGACGGCGAUGGCUCCUCGGGUCUGGCGUCGGCGGACCCUGGAGCGGUGUCUGAGAGAGGUCGGUAAAGCCACCAGCCAACCCGAACGCUUUCUCACGAUUCAAGAUGGAUUAGCAUCAAACUUCACUUCUUUAACAAAAGUUCUUUAUGACUUCAAUAAGAUACUAGAGAAUGGUAGGAUUCUUGGAAGUCCUUUACAAAAACUUGUGAUAAACAAUUUUGAUGAUGAGCAAAUUUGGCAACAACUGGAAUUGCAAAAUGAACCAGUUUUACAAUACUUCCAGAAGGCAGUUAGUGAAACAAUUAAAAAUGAAGACAUCACUCUUCUUCCAAAGAAUAAAGAGCAGGAUUGUGAAGAGAAUGGCUCAGAGAUGGAGGCUGAUAACCAGGAGAACAUAGAAGAUUUGGAAGAGGAGGAGAAAGUGUCAGAUGUGGGUGAUAAUGAUCCUAAAGCUGGUGAAAAACCUAAAAACUCAAGCAAAUUUGAUCAGAGGAAAAGCUCAGUUUUCAGUGAUGAGGAUUCUGAUCUUGACUUUGAUAUUAGCAAAUUGGAACAGCAGAGCAAGGUGCAAAAUAAACUGCCAGAGAAGUCAAGGGAAAAGUCUAUAGUAGAUGACAAAUUCUUUAAACUAUCUGAAAUGGAGACCUUUUUGGAGAACAUAGAAAAAGAAGAACAAAAAAAAGAUGAAGAGGAGGAGAAAGAAGAUAUUGACUUUUUUGAAGAUAUUGAUUCUGACGAAGAAGAUGAGGAAGAAUUGUUUAGAAAUCAAAAACUUAAGUCAGAUAAAAGYUCAAGAAAUCUGAAAUACAAAGAUUUUUUUGAUCCAGUUGAAAGUGAUGAAGACAUGGUAAGUGGUGAUGAUGGGCUGGAUUCAAACAAAGAAGAGGAAGAAAUUGCUGAAGAAGAAGCAGAAGAAAGCAUUUCUGAAACGGAUGAGGAUAAUGACCUUGAAGAAAGUGAAGAUAGUGAACAGCAUAAAGGCUCAAAAAGAGUGACCUUUGCUUUGCCAGAUGAUAAAGAAACUGAAGAUACAGAUGUGUUAAAUGUAAAGAAAGAUCCUGAUGAAGUUAAGUCCUCUUUUGAAAAGAGACAGGAGAAGAUGAAUGAAAAAAUUGCAUCUUUAGAAAAAGAGUUGUUGGAAAAAAAGCCUUGGCAGCUUCAAGGGGAAGUGACAGCACAAAAGCGACCAGAGAACAGUCUCCUAGARGAGAACCUGCACUUUGAUCAUGCUGUCCGGAUGGCACCUGUGAUCACAGAGGAAACCACCUUCCAACUAGAAGAUAUCAUUAAGCAGAGAAUACGAGAUCAGGCUUGGGAUGAUGUUGUACGUAAAGAAAAACCUAAAGAAGAUGCAUAUGAGUAUAAAAAGCGUUUAACAUUAGACCAUGAGAAGAGUAAAUUGAGCCUUGCUGAAAUAUAUGAACAAGAAUACAUCAAACUUAACCAGCAAAAAACAGAAGAAGAAGAAAAUCCAGAACAUGUAGAAAUUCAGAAGAUGAUGGAUUCUCUCUUUUUAAAAUUGGAUGCCCUGUCAAACUUCCACUUCAUUCCUAAACCACCUGUACCAGAGAUUAAGGUUGUGUCAAAUCUGCCAGCUAUAACCAUGGAAGAAGUAGCUCCAGUGUCAGUCAGUGAUGCAGCCCUCCUGGCCCCAGAGGAAAUCAAGGAGAAAAAUAAAGCUGGAGAUCUAAAAACAGCUGCUGAGAAAACAGCUACAGACAAGAAACGAGAACGGAGGAAAAAGAAAUAUCAAAAACGUUUGAAAAUAAAGGAGAAGGAAAAACGGAAAAAAUUGCUUGAAAAGAGCAACCCAGAUCAAACAGGGAAAUACACGAAAGCAGUAGCAUCAGAGAAGUUGAAACAACUGACCAAAACUGGCAGAGUUUCCUUAUUAAAGGAUGAAGGAAAAGACAAGGCCCUAAAGUCAUCUCAGGCAUUCUUUUCUAAAUUACAAGAUCAAGUAAAAAUGCAAAUCAAUGAUGCCAAAAAAACAGAAAAGAAAAAGAAGAAAAAACAGGAUAUUUCUGUUCAUAAAUUGAAGCUAUAGUAUACUGUGAAUGUAAUAUAUAUAUUAAUGUAUAAGCUUAUAUUCUGUCAUUUUUUUUUAUAAUAAAAUUAAUGAGAUCCUUC